GCGCCAGAGCAGGAGGCGGCGGCCGCGGGGAUCCCGCGAGCGGCCCCUGGACAUCUACCCUUCGAGCCGGGACCCGGGAGGUCCCCACUGGCCUCCGGGCCCGUCCGGAUCAGACUUGUGCCUACCUCCCCGUCCACGCGCAUCCGGGAGAGCCGCGCCACGAGACGGACCCCGGCUCGCCGGGACCCCUGGCGCCUGGCCCUGCGUCGGGAGGCUCCAUCAUGGCACCCUUCCUGCGCAUCUCCUUCAAUUCCUAUGAGCUGGGCUCCCUGCAAGUUGAGGACGAAGCAAGCCAGCCUUUCUGUGCUGUGAAGAUGAAGGAGGCACUCAGCACAGAGCGAGGGAAGACACUGGUACAGAAGAAGCCCACCAUGUAUCCUGAGUGGAAGACAACGUUCGACGCCCACAUCUAUGAAGGCCGUGUUAUCCAGAUUGUGCUGAUGCGGGCAGCUGAAGACCCCGUGUCUGAGGUCACGGUGGGAGUGUCAGUACUGGCUGAGCGCUGCAAGAAGAACAACGGCAAGGCUGAGUUCUGGCUGGAUCUGCAGCCUCAGGCCAAGGUGCUGAUGUGUGUGCAGUAUUUCCUGGAGGAUGGGGAUUGCAAACAGUCCAUGCGUAGUGAGGAGGAGGCAAAGUUUCCAACCAUGAACCGCCGUGGAGCCAUUAAACAGGCCAAGAUCCACUACAUCAAGAACCACGAGUUUAUCGCCACCUUCUUCGGGCAGCCCACCUUCUGUUCUGUGUGCAAAGAGUUUGUCUGGGGCCUCAACAAGCAAGGCUACAAAUGCAGGCAAUGCAACGCUGCCAUCCACAAGAAAUGCAUUGACAAGAUUAUCGGCCGCUGCACUGGCACUGCCACCAAUAGCCGGGACACCAUCUUCCAGAAAGAACGCUUCAACAUCGACAUGCCUCACCGAUUCAAGGUUUAUAACUACAUGAGCCCCACCUUCUGUGACCACUGUGGCAGUUUGCUCUGGGGACUGGUGAAGCAGGGAUUAAAGUGUGAAGAUUGUGGCAUGAAUGUGCACCACAAAUGCCGGGAGAAGGUGGCCAACCUGUGUGGUAUCAACCAAAAGCUCUUGGCUGAGGCCUUAAACCAAGUAACCCAGAGAUCUUCCCGGAGGCUGGACACAACAGAGUCUGUCGGAAUAUACCAGGGAUUUGAGAAGAAGCCAGAAGUCUCUGAGAGUGACAGCCUAGGUGAAGCUGGGUCACAUAUCCCUUUAAAGCUAUCAUUCCCCAACAGGGCAAAGGAAAAGGACAGUAGUGAGACCUGCGACAACAACGGGACCUAUGGCAAGAUCUGGGAGGGGAGCACCCGGUGCACCCUUGAGAACUUCACCUUCCAAAAAGUACUGGGCAAAGGCAGCUUUGGCAAGGUGCUGCUGGCAGAGCUGAAGGGCAAAGACAAGUACUUUGCAGUCAAGUGUCUGAAGAAGGACGUGGUGCUGAUUGACGACGAUGUAGAGUGUACCAUGGUGGAGAAGCGGGUGCUGGCGCUCGCCUGGGAGAAUCCCUUCCUCACCCACCUCAUCUGUACCUUCCAGACCAAGGAGCACCUGUUCUUCGUGAUGGAGUUUCUCAAUGGUGGGGAUCUGAUGUUCCACAUUCAGGACAAAGGCCGCUUCGAACUCUACCGGGCUACGUUUUAUGCAGCUGAGAUCAUCUGCGGACUGCAGUUUCUACACAGCAAAGGCAUUAUUUACAGGGACCUCAAGCUGGACAAUGUGAUGCUAGACAGGGACGGCCACAUCAAGAUUGCUGACUUUGGGAUGUGCAAAGAGAAUAUAUUUGGGGAGGGCCGGGCCAGCACAUUCUGCGGCACUCCUGACUACAUCGCCCCUGAGAUCCUGCAGGGCCUGAAGUACUCCUUCUCCGUGGACUGGUGGUCUUUCGGGGUCCUCCUGUAUGAAAUGCUCAUCGGCCAGUCCCCCUUCCACGGCGAUGAUGAGGACGAGCUCUUCGAGUCCAUCCGGGUGGACACACCACACUAUCCCCGUUGGAUCACCAAGGAAUCCAAGGACAUCAUGGAGAAGCUAUUCGAGAGGGACCCUGACAAGAGGCUGGGAGUAACAGGAAACAUCAGGAUUCACCCCUUUUUCAAGACUAUCAACUGGUCCCUCCUGGAGAAGCGGAAGGUGGAGCCGCCCUUUAAGCCCAAAGUGAAAUCCCCGUCAGACUACAGCAACUUCGACCCGGAGUUCCUCAAUGAGAAGCCUCAGCUUUCCUUCAGUGACAAGAACCUCAUCGACUCUAUGGACCAGGCAGCCUUCCACGGCUUCUCCUUUGUGAAUCCCAAGUUUGAGCAAUACCUGGACAUUUGAGCUCCCAGACCUGCUUUAAACGCCCUGGCAGAGUAGGCCCGUCCGCCCUGGUUUGCACCCGCAUUGCCCGUGGAGAAUAGUGGGUGACUGGCUGAUUUCUGCUGCCACCCCCUCCUCCUUGGAGAGUCCGGCUCCUGCUGGCUGGGCUCACAGUACUUCCUCUGUGAACUGUUUGUGAAUUUGCCUUCCCUUUGCCAUCAGAGGGAAACUGUAAAUCCUGUGUUUCAUUACUUGAAUGUAGUUAUUGAAAUAUAUAUUAUAUAUAUGCACAUAUAUAUAAUAGGCUGUAUAUAUUGCUCAGUAUAGAAAGCAUGUAGGAGACUGGUGAUGUGUUGACCUUUUUUUUAAAAAAAAAAACAUAUGUAUAUGUGUGUAUAUAUAUAUACAUAUACACACAUAUACAUAUAUAUGUGUAUGUAUGUACGUAUGUAUAUAUAUAUAUGACCAAAAGAAAAGAAGAGCACAAGCUGUCUGAACCACAGGUUCUUUUAUGUGUGUCUAAAUAAACACUGAAUGGUACCAA